AAUGUCCACCCAAACCGCCUCUUACGAUAGUGACGACGAUGAUUGCCGGCUUCCCGCCGACACGCUUGCCGUCCUUCAAGAAUUUCUCAAGGAAAAAGAGCUUCGCGAGCAGGCGGAACAAUCCCGGGAGAAAACCGGAACAGAUUUUGAGGAAGAUUGGCAAUUGAGCCAAUUUUGGUACAACACGAGCACAAAGGAAAAACUCGCCUCCGUUGUGAGACAUUUCCGGAAAAGCCUCGGAGAUGGCCUGCGGGUUGCGCUGCUGUCCGCUCCCUCGUUGUACCAGCACGUUAAGGCGGUGGCCGACAAUGUAACAUUGUUCGAAUAUGACCAACGAUUCGAAUCGGUUGGAAGUGCGUUCCAUCAUUUUGACUACAAACGAGCCAUUGAAGAGGACUAUCUAGACGAAUGCAAAGAAAGCUUCGAUAUAAUUCUGGCGGAUCCUCCCUUCCUGGCCGAGGAAUGUAUAGAAAAGUUGGGAAUUGUGGUGAGGAAAAUUGCCAAACCGGACUGCAAAGUGGUGCUCUGUUCCGGUUACGUGGUCCGCGAGUGGGCGGAAAAGCAUUUAAAGUUGGAACUGUGCAAGUUUGAGCCGGAGCACGAACGGAAUCUGGGCAACCAAUUUUCCUCCUACGCAAAUUUCAACUUAGACCAGGUGUUAGCAGAAGAAUCGUGAGUUUAUUUGGGUGUUGUUGAACAAUAUCAGACUCAGCUGAAGCGCUUACAAAC